CACAUCCCGAGAGAUGAAGGCAGACGAGAAGCCACCGAUUAAGCCUCACCAAAGCACCUUCGGGUACCCUGCGUUUCCAAACCCAGCGAUGUUUACCCCAUCACAAAUCCUAAUGGCUAGUCAACUAAUGGCAGCAUCCGGCUUGACCAUAUCUGGAAACCCUGCCUUCUUCCAUCCAGGUUUGAUGCCCCUACCAUGGGCAGCAAACUCACCUCCUUCCAAUUCUCCACCCUCACCACCUACCAGCAACGAACCGCUUUCCCCUGCGAUGAGUACAAGAAAACUUAGUCAUAAUAACAAUAAUGUUGUUAGUAGUAGUACGACGACAGAAAUUAGGAAAAGAAAGUAUAAGUUAGAAGAAGAAGCCACCAGUUUACCGCUGCCAUCCCCUACGUCUAGUGUAUCGCCUCCUUCGGGGUCUGAUAUUAAAGAUCCUAAUAGGGAUAAGCAGUUCACCUGUGGAGUAUGUAAUAGAUCAUUUGGCUACAAACACGUCCUGCAAAAUCACGAAAGGACACAUACCGGAGAGAAACCUUUCGAAUGUCCAGAGUGCCACAAAAGGUUCACCAGAGACCAUCACCUUAAGACCCACAUGAGACUUCAUACAGGAGAACGCCCUUAUCAUUGCGAACACUGUGACAGACAAUUCGUCCAAGUUGCCAACCUUCGAAGACAUUUGAGGGUGCAUACAGGAGAACGACCUUACUCUUGUGAACACUGUACUGCCAAAUUCUCAGACUCCAAUCAGCUCAAGGCUCACAUACUUAUCCAUACCAAUGAAAAACCAUUUUCGUGUGAAAGGUGUCACAGCAGGUUCAGAAGGAGGCAUCACUUGUUGCACCAUAAAUGCGGCAUGCCUGAUAAAGAAAUGACUCCUGAUACAGAUGAAGAGGAGUUAAAGAGGAGGAGAGUGCUACAUUCUCUUUCUACGCCAAUCAUUACGCUUCCUCUCCAAGUAGCUCUACCAGAACAAACCGAGCCCGAAGACCUCAGUAUGUCGACGGGGAUGCACUCAAACAAUUCGGGAAGCAGCGGCUCCCCGAUCGUAAGUCCUUGUUUAAAAGAAGAAGAGGACGACAUCGAAACAACUGCGAUAUUUCUACAAAGAAGGCCAAUGAGUAGAUCCUAGUCUAGUUAUUUUCGUGAGAUAUACGGGUAUGUUAAAGUCAAAUUAUAAUUAUCCAAAAUAUAUACAUAGUCCCUUAUCACAGCGUCACUUCCAGAGGAAUUGUUUUGGGGAAUAAAAAAGUCUAAAAGGAAAGAAGUAACUGUUACACACUUGCAAAUAAUUUCUAAUACAUAUAUUAUAUUUACUUGCACUACAGGUCUUGUGUUGAAUUUUUUAUAGAACAAUAGAUUUCAAAUAACAAGUAAUAAAAUACUCAUUUAUAUUACAGUGGAACCCCGAUAAGUCGGCCCCCGAUAACCCGGAAGUCCGGCUAACCCGGACCGAUUUUCAUCAGACAAAAAUUUAACAAAUAAACAAUUUAACAAUUUUAUCAAAUAAAAAUAUAUGUAGGUCAAAUAAUAUUUGAGAGAUAAUGUGUAUUUGUGUAAUUUGAACACAUAUAAGUAUGUACAACAGUAAAAAUGAUUCAUGCACACGGCGGCAGGCAGAGCGGCCGUCUCAGCUUAUCGGAAAGAACAGGCACCUGUCUGUAUUCCUUUUCCGUUAUUUAUGUCAAACUGUCUUAGCAUUGUUUAAAAUAGACGUGACUAUUUAAAAAUUCUUUUUUAAAACAAUGGCCUUAGUCUGUUCUUAAAUAACAACAUUGUUUUAAUCACUUCCGUUCUGUAAUCGUGCUUCAGAUUGUGUUUGCCUGAUUUUUGUCUACGUAAUGGCAACAAAACUGUAAUGUUAACAAAACG